AUGAGUGUCAAUACUUCAUUAUAUAAACCAAAAGAAAAGAAUAAAUCUAUUACAAAAUAUGAUGAAGUAAAAUUAAUUAAAUCAUUUACAAAAAAACAUAGAUCAUUUUGUAAUUCAAAUAAUGCAUGUGAAGUAUUAUUAGCAUCAAUUGAAUCAAGUAAACAAUAUGAAGAUAUAUAUGCAGUAUUUAGUGUUAAUUCUGUUUCUUUAUCAGAAUCACUUGGUUCACCAUCAUUAAGUAUUGUAUAUAUUACACCAGAAUUUACAUCAUUUGAAGUAUUUUGGAGAAUAACAUUAUUAACUGCUAUGUGUUGUUGUACAUUAUUUUUUAUGUAUGUUUUAAGAGGUAUUCCAUUUAAACAAUGGUCAUUAGAACAAAAAUGUACAGUACUUUUUAUGAUUGCAUUAACUAUUUCAAAUAAUGGAUUUUAUUCAUAUGAAUUUAUGAGUGCAAAUGAAUUAUUCCCAUCUAUUAAUGCAAUUUGUGAUUCAAUUAUGUUAUGUUCAUUAUUAUUAUAUGUUUUAGUUGUAAUGGAUGCAUUAAGAAAACCUUUAAGUCAACGUACCUUUAAAUUCUUCUAUUUCCCAAGAUUUUUAAUUGUUUUAUUAAUUGGAUCAUUCUUAGUAAAUCUUUAUUUGUAUAAUGCAGAAAAUAGUGAUCCUGUAAUAGUAAUGAUGAAAGACCCUAUUAAUGCUACAAUGGCAAUAUUAACAGGAUUAUUAUCACUUAUUUAUUUAUUCUGGUUAAUGUUUGCUAUUAUUCGUUCAUUUUCUGAAGCUCGUAAAUUAGGUGAAAAAGGACAAAGAAUUAAAAUGUAUGGAACAUUUACUAUUAUUGCUAUUUUCAUCUUCUUUGUUCUUUUGUUAUCAGAUUAUUUCAUUGGAUAUCGUUCAAAUGCUGCUGUUUAUUUGACAUUGAUUGCAUAUGUUAAUAUUUAUGCUGUUGUUUUAAUGAUUUUCUAUCUUCCAUCUACUAAAAAUCAAAAUGAAUGGAAUAACCGUAGAAGAGAAAUCGUACUUGAUGAUGUUAAAGUAACACAAUAUGAUGAUGAUGAUAAUGAAUUGGUUGUUGAAGAAAAUAAUGAAAAAAAUGAAGCAGAAAUACUUAUUGCAGCUACAAAUGAAGAACAAACUGGAGAUAUUGACUCAAAGAAAAUUGAAUUAUAA